UUGUUUGUUUGUAUGAUGUGACUUAAACGACAACAAACGUACAUUUUAAUGCCCUUUACCAUAGUGUAUGUAUGUCGAGCGGCAAUCAAACAAUUCCAAUAAUUGUCUAACGAUAUUAGUACGACACUGACGCGCUCCAGUUCCACCGCCGCGUAGCCUCCGUGCGGCCCGCUCCCGACCUCUUGCACAUAUUACAGCAGCCAAUUGAUUGUGUUUAGUAUCAAAUUUUUGUCUCUUAAGACCGUGACCAGUGGCUGUUUAUCGUAAACAUUUGCAUAAACAACUUGUAGGACAUUCCAAGUGAACAGUCGGUGCGAGGUUUCACCUUUGUGCGCUCGCGUGCGUCACGGUUCAUUGCCUUGAGUACAGAAAGAGAUCCUAAUAUGGCGGCCGGCGCAGCCGCAGGAUCGCCUUGCGCCAACGCACGCAGCCGCCAUUUUCAUCUAUCCGUCUGUCACGGGAGUACACGUCGAUUGAGACAAUUUAAUGUUCCAAAUUUGAAAGUAUACCAAAUUUGAACACGCAAACGACGCGAUCCAGAGCUCGCGCAAAUGAUAAAAAAAUAUUACCAUAUUUGAAACUAUCGCCAAAUAUGUGCUGCUCGUGGUUCCGCUGUAGGAAGCGAGUGGCCGACUUGGCGGAAUGUCGGCCCAUGGAUGCCUAUGAAAAGGUCGAAACGCCAACCGAAAUGGCUCAACUCAAGAACGAGGAGAAAGAGUCACCGCCGGCGCGCGUGACACGUAACAACCAGAUGCGUAUGUCGAACGCGGGUGCGUACACGAAUGGGCACGGCGGAGACACGACGGGUCGCCGCGGCGCAGAGAACGUGCCUCCGCCACCGCAGCCGCAGCAACAGCCGCCCUCUAACUCACGGCUGACGCAGCAGUUCAGCAAUAGCGUGGGCGGGGGCGGGGGCGGGGGAGUGGGCGGUGUAGGCGCCGGGGUGAUGGCGCGCAACACGGCGGCGUCAGCCAGCGCGGCCUCUGUACCGCACGCCGUGGCCUCGGGCGCGGUGCGGCGCUCCAACGUCGUCAAGGAAGUGGAGCGCCUCAAGGAGAACCGCGAGAAGCGACGACAGCGACAGGCCGAGCUCAAGGAGGAAAAGGAGGCACUAAUGAACAUGGACCCCGGCAACCCGAACUGGGAAUUCCUGGCGAUGAUCCGCGAGUACCAGAGCAGUAUCGAGUUUCGGCCGCUGGUGGGCUCCGAGCCCGUCGAGGACCACCAGAUCACUGUCUGCGUCCGGAAACGUCCGCUCAACAAGAAGGAAAUCAAUAAGAAAGAGGUGGAUGUAAUAAGUGUACCAACGAAGGACCAGAUGAUAGUUCACGAGCCCAAGAACAAAGUGGACCUCACCAAAUAUCUCGAGAACCAGAAAUUCCGAUUCGACUACGCCUUCGAUGAUUCCUGUACAAAUGAAAUUGUUUACAAAUACACAGCCAAGCCGCUGGUGCAGACGAUCUUCGAAGGUGGAAUGGCCACGUGUUUCGCGUACGGACAGACCGGCUCCGGAAAGACGCAUACCAUGGGGGGUGACUUCCAGGGUAAGAUCCAGGACUGCAAGAAGGGUAUAUACGCAAUGGCGGCGCGCGACGUCUUCACUUACCUCAAGUCUCCAAAGUACAAACCUCUCAAUCUCAUCGUCUCCGCUUCAUUCUUCGAAAUAUAUUCAGGAAAGGUGUUCGACCUGCUGGCGGACAAGGCGAAGCUGCGAGUGCUGGAGGACGGCAAGCAGCAGGUGCAGAUAGUGGGGCUGACGGAGCGCUGUGUGGACAGUGUUGAUGAGGUGCUGCGUCUCAUACAGCACGGCAACGCCGCCCGGACAUCCGGACAGACGUCAGCGAAUUCUAACUCAUCUCGGUCGCACGCGGUGUUUCAAAUAGUGGUGCGAUCUCCCGGAAUGAACCGCGUCCACGGCAAGUUCUCUCUCAUUGACCUGGCCGGCAACGAGCGCGGAGCUGACACAUCCUCCGCCAACAGGCAGACACGUAUGGAGAGUGCGGAGAUCAACAAGUCACUGCUGGCCCUGAAGGAGUGUAUCCGUGCUCUGGGUAUGAAGGGCAACAACCACCUGCCCUUCCGUGUGUCAAAGUUGACACAGGUGUUACGUGACAGCUUCAUCGGAGACAAGUCUCGUACCUGCAUGAUAGCCAUGAUCUCACCUGCCAUGUCCUCCUGCGAGCACUCCCUCAACACACUCAGAUACGCUGACAGAGUGAAGGAGCUGGGUACUGCGGAGGGAGCUCGCGGGAGGCCGGAGUCUCCGCUGGCAGACGUCGACAUGGAGCCGCCAGGACACGAGCUGGCGCAGCUGCGAUCUCUCAACGAGGGUGAUAUGUCUGCGGAGAUGUUCACGUUCCACGAGGUGAUAGACGAGCUGCAGCGUGCGGAGGAGGAGGUGCUGGACAACCACAAGGCGGUGGCGGACUACUUGCAGCACGCGCUGCAGCGCUGCUCACAGCUCUUCGCCAUCACCCGCGAUGUAGACUACGAUCAAGACGGGCUGUCGCACUGGCGCAAGAGGGCGCGGGCGGAGCGCGCACACCACUCCGCGUGGUCGAACAAACUAGCGUACGCGACUCAGUGGGAGGAGCUGCUGAACGAGCAGCUGGUGGUGCUGGCGCAGUCGCGCGACCUGGUCGCCAAGUUCCGCGCCAAGAUGCAGCAGGAGGAGCACAUGUCGCGUCGCAUCCAGCCGCGGCACCACUAGCCGCCGCGACCUCUCACUUGUCGCCUGUCACCUGGCACCUGGCACCUGUCGCCUGUCACCUGGCACCUGUCGCCUGUCGCCUGGCACCUGCCGCCUGGCACCUGUCGCCAGUGUGCGAGCUCCGGGCGUAGCGCGACGCGGCUCCGAGAGCUUGACGCUACGCUUAUUAUUAGUUUAUUUAUUCAUUUCUCUUGCAUAGGUUUUAUGUUAAUGGUAAUUUUUAUGAACAAUUAGUGAGUUUGUUUGAGAUUGCGGAUCUCGGAUCUAAACUUGAUUUAUAAAUUUGCCAUUGCUUUUCUAAUUUUGCCGUCAUGUGAUCAGAUUAACAGAUCGCGAGAUGAUGUACUACUGGGACUAAUUUUUUUGAGUUUGCGUGACGUCACAGUCUUUGAGAACAGAUUGGCUGAUUGUUUCUUUGGUGACAUUUAAAUAUCUGUCAAAAUGCGCGGGAAAAGACGUUACGUAGCUGGUCUACUGAGACCGGAAUAUUGGAACAGUCUGAGGAAUUCCUGUUUGUGUCCUGCUUCUAUGAAACGUGUGGUUUUUUUUUUUGACAAAGCAGAAUUUUCUGAAAUAAUAUGUCGGGCGCGCAAUCGAUAUCGUGCGGAAAUCGAUUUACUUGAAUCGUUUAUAAAAAUCGAUUUUCAUGUAACCAUAUGUCGAUAAACAAAUCCUUUCAGUUUGUAAGUUUCUUGAUAGGUAAAAAACUACUAAUAGAUUAUUAAAUAAAUAAGGCCCUAUAUAUAUAUAUAAAAUUUUGUGUAAAUCCGUGUGACGAUGUUUCUUUAACAAUAUGUUCGCAGUUUUCUUUCUUAUUUCAUAUAAAAUAUUUAACAUUAAUAAGUGAUAGCUAAUUUCCUAACUUCAAUGCAUUUAACUUAUCUAAAGGCCUAUUUGUGAAAUUGUAGAUAUUAUUAUAUAUUUAAUUAGCUUGGAGAUUGUUUGAGUACAAAAGGAUGGUGUCGACCUCGCGACUGCGGCGCGUCUCUAUCUUGUAUGUAUGUAUUUGUAUGAAAAAAUGUAUGUAUGUGAAAAUUAAUUUCGUUAAUCAUCAAAUUGAACAAUACUCUUGAUGUUGUGAGAAUUAAUUAAAAUAUUUGUGAUUAACAUAUAAUAGAAAAUAUAUGUUGCUGCGUCUCAAUCUGUUGAAGUAUUAACAUAUCUUUGCUUUGAUGAGUCGCUUGUUAUUGUAUUGUUGAACUUUAUGCGAAGGUGGGGAAGGG